UUGUUUCGUGAUUGGUGAAGCAUCGGUUAGUGGACAGCGUAUUGGAUGUUUUUAAAAAUGAUAAACCGGCUUUUUUGUGAUCUGUGAAGUGCUGGAUGUUUGAACAGAAGUUUCGUUUAUUUGUCUUGGAUUCGCAAUAAUCAUUUGGGAAUUAUGACGGAGACGCAACAGAAAGCCAAAUGUAUUACUUUGAAAGGUUCAGCAGAGUUGGUCAAGCAAUAUCUUUUGUAUGGAGUGAACAGUAUUUUGUACCAAAGAGGCAUUUACCCGCCAGAAACGUUCGAGCCUGCUGAGCAUUUUGGUUUAUUUGUUUUAAUGUCAACGGAUGAAAAAAUUAAGGGAUUUUUGGAUACUGUUCUUGGCCAAAUUCAGGAAUGGCUCAUUCAACGAAAAGUACAAAAAAUAACGCUUGUUAUAACGAAUGUGAAUACCAAAGAGGUUCUGGAGAAGUGGGACUUUAGAGUCGAUUACGAGGGCCAAACUUCCAAUGGCACCAACAACAGUACAAGCAACGGUCUCCCUGAUGUGGGUACAAAAGAUGUGAAGACUAUCCAGAAAGAGAUUAGAGAAGUAAUACGUCAGAUUACAGGUACAGUGAGUUUCCUUCCAUUAUUGGAUUGUAUAUGCUCUUUCGAUAUUUUGACUUACACAGUACCUGACUGUGGCAUUCCUAAAGAAUGGAAUGAAACGCAGCCUGUUUUUAUUGCUAAUAGCCAAGAAGUACAAUUAAGAUCAUUUUCAACUUCUAUUCAUAAGAUGGAAACUAUAGUUAGUUAUAAGAAUAUUUAAGGUUUUUACUGUCUGUUGAGACAUGCAUGUAAAACAAUUGUCAAUCUCAACAUUUUAGCAAUAUUUAAUACAGAAGACUGUUAUUUAAAUUGUACAUUGUACACGAGUGAUUAAGGUAUAAAGUAAUGCGUCAUUUUAAAAAGUUUGCAUAUGUAUGGAUAUUAGUAUUAUUUAAGGAAGAGUUUUAUACAAAUAUAUGUAU